AUGGGGAUUGUUUCGGGACAAACAGGAACUAAUCUAAAAGAUCUGUAUACCUACCUGUUUACAACGAUAGGAUACAAUAAAGAUAUCCGUCCCGCCACGAAUCAGGGCUCUCCUACCCAGGUGUCGGUAGAUCUGCUGUUGACUGGACUCCAAGGACUUAAUGAAGCCCAUCAGCAAAUGACAUCCAUGGGAAUUUUAACUAUCAAAUGGAAAGAUGAAUUUCUGACGUGGACGCCCUCUUCUUAUGGGGGAGCGACAUAUAUAGACGUUCCCCAGGGGCUUGUUUGGAAGCCGGAUAUCCAGGUACAGAAUGGUCUCACCGACUUUGCCGAACUGGGCGGAAGUUUUAUGAAUGUACGCGUGUUUAGUACCGGAGAUGUUAUAUGGACACCUUAUAAAGUAUUUGACACCAAAUGUUUGAUCGAAAUUAGAUCUUUCCCAUUUGAUAGACAAGAAUGUUCGAUAAAUUUCAUAGCAUGGAAUAGUGAUAUAAAUUCGGUGAAUAUUACACAGGGAACGAACGGCAUGCAGCUAGAUGACGAUCUAUAUAAUGGUCAGUGGACGCUCUCUAAUCCCACCACUAACGUCAUAAUAGACGAUGACGAAUCAAAGAUCAGCUUCAAAUUGACGAUAGAGAGGAAACCAAAAACAUACGUCAUCAAUAUAAUAGUUCCCAUGAUGUUUCUCGUCGUCCUUGAUGUGUUUACGUUCGCCCUUCCUAUUGACAGUGGGGAGAAAAUGGGAUACUCAGUCACAAUUAUGUUGUCAAUGUCAAUAUUCAUGACUAUUGUUGCCAGUCUUUUACCACCUACGUCAUAUUCGACGUCAUACAUAGAAAUAUAUAUAAUUCUAGACGUGGUAUUGGGAACGAUAAUACUGGUCAUAACCACAUUAACUAUAAGAAUUCAUUAUAGGACCCAAGAAAUAAAAAUACCCCCAUGGGUACAGAAAUUGACAGUUCUAUCCUGGAAAUUGCAAGGUAGACCAUCGCAAAAUUCUGUUAAGCAGAAAAUGAACUCGGUGACAAAGUUAGAGGUUGUUAGUGUCAAUGAUACUGAUGGGGAGAACGCAAAACCAAUGGUGGGAAACAGCGAGAUCGUUCUAUGGACGGAUGUGACGUCAGCAAUAGAUUAUUAUAUGUUUUGGUUAUUUUUAUUUAUUAUUUCCUUAUCAACAGCCGUUCUUCUUGGACUUGCUUCCAGUUAA